CAACCUGCCAUCUCACUGUGAACGGAUGGCAGCUUCUCCCAGUUCAUAAUCCCAUUUCUUACUUCUUUACGGUCUUUACCUACGGUAAUCGAAAAACGGAGAUAUGCUAAAGUUUGAAAGUCAGGUCUAGUACCUCAUUAGCAACCUCUUCGCGCAGCGGCGCCCUCGAAUUUUCUCACUUUCACUUCACUUUCUCUUGACGGCGGUGCUAUUUUAUGAACAGCAAUGGACCUUGCAAAUACCCUAAUUCGGACGGUAGCGCGGUCCUUCUACGAGACUCGUCACAUUCUCAUAGUCGAUGCGCUCUUCAUUCAUUCGGUGCUCCAUGCGGAAGACCUCGCCUUCCUCCUGGGAAUGCAGCAGAAAGACCUGCGCAAACUUUGCGCCAAGUUACGCGAAGAUCGUCUGAUUGCAGUUAAUACACGAGCUGAGAUUCGCGAUGGUUCAACCCGCCCGGUCAACCGAGAGUACUACUACAUCCCGCUACAUCCGGUCAUUGACGCGAUUAAAUACAAGGUUUCUAAACUGACGUCUACAAUCAAACUGCAAUAUACACCGAGCCAGGAGAGGAAGGAAUAUAUUUGCCUGAGAUGUGGGGCCGAAUGGACGGAGUUGGACGUUCUAAGUCUUUACUCGGAAGAGGGCUUCGAGUGCCAGAAUUGUGGAGCUAUUCUCGAGCGCACGGAGGACGUCAAAGGAAGCGAGGGCAUCGACCGUACCGGUCACGAGAAGAAUAGUAAGCUCAUGGCGCAGCUAGACGGGAUGCUGAAACUUCUCAAACAAAUUGACUCCGUGGAAAUCCCCCCCAACGACUUCGAUACCGCCUGGGACCACAAGAUUGAUGUCGUGCGCAACCAACACACCAACCCCACCAGAGCAGCCGUCGUUGUGCCAUCCAAGAAGCAAGAAGCCGUCCGCGGCAAUCUCAAGACGGACGCCAGCGCGCUCGAGAUCUCUCUAACAUCCUCGGAAGAAAAAAGCGCCGCCGAGCAAAAGGAGGAAGCAGCCCGCAAAGCCGCGCUGGAGAAGCAAAAUGCCCUUCCAGUCUGGCACACCCACUCCACAGUCUCCACAACAGCUGGCAACGUCAGCUCGAUCAAAACAGAACCCGACGUCAAGAUCAAGCCCGAGCUUCUUAAGGAGGAAGAAGACCAGAAACCGAGCCUCGUUGAUCUGGACGACAAAGUCGCCGCGUACUACGCCGAAAUGGAGCGUGAGAAGGCUCUACAGGCACAAGAAGAUGCCAGCAGCGCCGAAGACUCAGAUGAAUUCGAUGAGUUCGAGGACGUCGGUGUCUCUGCUUCUGCUUCUCCGGCUGUGGGGGGUGUGAAUGGUGCUGACCCAACUCGUGCACCGAGUGGCAUCAAGCGGGAGCUUGAUACAGAUUCCGGGACCAGUGCGCCGCAGACGGCGACGGGAACGCCCUCGACUCCGGCGGAUGAGGGGCCAGCAGCGAAGAAGAUCAAGACUGAGCUGGAAAAUGAGGUCAAGAAGGAGGAGUCUGAUGAGGAUGACGAGGAGUUUGAGGAUGUCUAGUUCUCUUUUCUAUGGGCGCUGGCGCUCAAAGUACUAUAGACUAAAGAUUUUGUGUUUUUUCCUGGUCACGCUCUGGCUUACUUAGGUGAUUUAUCAAGCACGAGAAUCGAAAUAUGUGAAAUCAUCUC